AUGGAUAGGUUAAGUCAAUUGCCAGAUGAUUUACUCAUUAAGAUACUGUCCUUUGUCCCGACCAAAUGUGCCGUGGCUACGAGCAUUUUGUCUAAACGAUGGCUGUCUCUUUGGACACUGGUGGCAAGUCUUGUCUUUGAGGAUUUCUCAGAGGAGGAAGAUGAAGAGAUUAAUGAAAUCCAUGUCAGAAGCCUGUCACAGUUUGUGUCAGGGACUUUGCUAUUACACAAAGCAGUUGUCCUAGAAAGGUUUCAUCUCAACAGCGCGUCAGAAUGUAGCGCUCGGGAGAUUGGUUUAUGGGUUAGAAUCGCAGUUGAUCGCUUUGUGCGUGACUUGAAAAUAAGUUUCUGUUAUGAUCAUUGUCUUGUUAACUUGCCGAGUAGGUUGUUUAGAUGCGAGACACUUGAGACUUUACAACUCCGUAGGGUGAUUCUUUCGGAAGUUCCUUGUCGGUUAAGCUUUCCAUCCCUCACGAAGUUGCGCCUUCUAUCUGUCAAGUACUCAGACGAUGGAUCUUUCUCUAGGAUUGUUUCAAACUGUCCCAUCCUCGAUGAUUUAGUUGUAGAGACUUGUCACGGAGACAAUGUGGUGACUUUCACUGUGAACUUGCCUUCCUUACAGAGUUUAUCCGUUAGGAAUACGGUCCGAGAGUCCCCACCUGAUGAUCAUUUGUUCGUGAUACAUUCCCAGUCUUUGAAGCAGUUGGACAUUGUGGACUACUUUGGUGAACUUAAACGAAUCGGUAAUCUUCCCAAACUCUACGAGGCCAAUCUUCAAUCUAUGUCCUACCACGCCAACGUCCUGGAGUCUUUUACCUUUGUCAGGCGUCUUUAUGUAUGCUUAGAUGGAGAGGUUCUGCUUCUUGCGGAUACAAUUUCUCAGCGGCUUCGUCAUCUGAAACUAUCUACUUACGGAAAAAUGUCACGUAAUCUGCUUCUGCAUUUGCUCAAACAUUGCCCUAAACUACAAGUUCUCAAGCUCCAGGAGAUACAUUGGAGAAUAAAAUGGCCUGUUUCUCCGCAUACGAGGUGUAAAGCCGAAGAGUUCAAGGAUCCACCACCUUUGUUCUCUAAUCCGAGCUCGGUUCCUGAAUGCUUGUCCUUCCAUCUUAAAACUUUUGGAUGGAAAUGUUACAAAGGAACAGAGGAAGAGAAAGAGAAAGAAAUCGUUCUUUACAAACCGCUGAGAUCUCUGUAUAUUCAGGUGGUCGUUCCGGGGAGAAACGGCUGCUGA